AUGAAGAAGAAGACAAAAGUCCGCAAUAGGAAGCUCUCAUAUACCUAUAUAGUCUUAUUUAAGUUCGCAGACCUUACAUUAGGCAUCGCUAGCCUGGCAAUUAGGAUACCAGGUCUAGUACAAUGCAACAACAAGUAUCAAAACCAGCUAGAGCUUAUAAUACAAAUUAGCAAGUCUCAGACACAAGAAUUAUUUCUCUAUCUCAACAGAGAAAACCGGAGAAUACCUAAAGCCUUAAAAGAUAAAAUAGUUUCCAUAUUCCAGACUCUUCAAAACACCUUCAAGCGCCUCCUGACAAUCAGCAAGACAGUAAAAAUAUCCGCUUCUAUAAAAACAAAAGCUAAAACUAAAACUCUAAUAUUUACACUAUUCGGGGAACAGUCAACACCAGCCAUACCACCAACACCCCUCACGCCCCUCACGCCACCAGCAACCAACUCUGUGAGCAAAUACAGAGCCCUGGCAUCUAAGAAAGUUAAAAGGCUCCAAGAUUCAAUCGACAAAUCACUUAACCAAGCUAAGCAUAAGUCCCAAGUAUUACUAAACCCGCCAGACAAGCCAGACAAUUAUUAUUUACUUCCCAAUUCCUCGCUAAAACUAAGAACGCUAAAAGCCAAGGAGGGAAAGCUAUUUAUUAUCAAAUAUCGCACAUAUAGUAGCGACGCCCUGGACCGAGAAAUCAAAAAUCACCGGCAAAUUGUGCGCAAGGUAGCGCGAAUUAUACGCCAAGCUGAUCCUAAGUUCAUAGGCCUCCUCUAUUACAACGGCUCUCUCUGGGACUCGAUCAAGUAUCAGUUCGAGCUAUAUUUUCCAAUCCCAUCCGGCCUGCAGGACCCAAGAACUCUUCUCAAGCUGCUAUGCAAUACCACCAACGGGAAACCUAUAGUAAAACAUCCUCUAAACCAGCAUAUUAGCUUGGCCAAACGCAUCGUCACAGCAGUUUUCGUCCUUCACGCAGCGAACUUCAUAUACAAGCAGAUCCGCCCAGAUAAUAUACUGGUUUUUAAAUACAAUCUUCCUAUACCGCUAUCCAACACCAACUCAACCAGAAACAACCCCCCAAACAAACAGGGUUACCCAUAUAUUCUCGGCAACCCGUUCCUCGUAGAAUUCAAUAACAUUCACAAAAGAAAAAGCAUCUACCUCAGCCCGGAGCAACACCAACUUCAGCAAGACAAUAACUUUCGCAUAGAACAUGAUAUCUACAGUUUGAAGCUAAAGAAGACGUACAUAUCUUUAGCGAAGGGCGCAGUACCACGGGUCAUAGGGCAGAAGUAUGCAGAUAUAGUUAUAGCGUAUUUAAUAAGCUUAGAUUUGGAGGAGGGUCAUAUCAAAAGCCUGGAGGAUAAGAAUGGGAUUAUAAUAGGAACAAGUAUUUUAAAGCCGCUAGAGCAAGUUAUCUAA